AUGUCGUCGGCGGUGACGCACAUCUACCUGCACGUCAUCCAGGACGUCAUUAAGAACGUUCGACCCGACUUCCAGAGCGACGGCGUCGACGAGAGCGUCCUCCAAGAGCUGCAGCAGGUCCGUCCGUCUCCCCUGCAGCAGGUCCGUCCGUCUCCCCUGCACCAGCUCCGUCCGUCUCCCCUGCACCACCUAUGGGAGGCGAAGGUGAUGCAGUCCGGUGCGGUCAUCCCCGUCGGCGGGUAUGCGCUUCCGCCGCCUGCGCCGCCAUCCGCUGAGGCGGAUGUAGCCGCGGUGGUGGCGGAGGAGGGGCCGCUAGGGGGUGCGGAGGGGGAAGCAGCGGCGGAGGAGGGCGUAGGGGAGGAGGAGGGUGGCGAGGGCGCGGGACACGGAGGGGGAUUCGCGGGACAUGAUUUGAACAUGCCUUAUAACGGGGAUGGCGGAGAGGCGGAGGACGAGCAGGCCCUGUCGCUGGGAGCAUCCCACGCAUCUUACUCAAGCGGGCAUGUCACGUCCAGUCUAGAUGGCCGCCCACUGCCCUUCAUGCCGCGCCAGGAGGCGUGGGAGCAGAAGCCGUUCAUGGUCGACAUGAAUGCUGUGCCUGAGGAGGACACGUACGCUGAUGCUGCUGCUUCGGACGAGGCCACUCUGGGUCUGCUGCCGGCAGAGCUGAAGCGCAAGCGAGCAGAGGAGGGGCCGGGGGGCUACGAGGAGGACGCGGGGAUGGAUGCAGCAGGGGGUGACACCAGCCGACCCCGCCUCACUCCCGAGUACGCCUUCCCUCAGGCCGAUGGGGCCAGUGACAGCAUGCCACGUGGUGCCUCCCAAUGGGCCCAUGACAUGCUGAGUCAGCUGGAGCACAAGCAUGGAGGGGGGGGAGGAGUAAGACGGGGAGAGGAGGGGAGUGGGGAGAGGAGCAGAACGGAUGGGGGAGUGGAGGGAGGGUUGGGUGGUGCAGGCGCAGCAGAAGGGCGGGAUGGGUCGGGAAGGCGGGUGCAACACGCGGCAGGGGGAGCCGAGGGGCGGGAAGCACGUGGUAGCAGGGGGGUUGGCAGGAGCGGCAGGGGCGGCAGGGGGGGAAGGCAGUGGGUGAGUGCCGACGAGGAUGGCGAUGAUGCCGACGAGGUGAGUGCCUCUCCCUCUCCUGCCUUUCCUCUCUCUCCCAUUCCUGCCCCUCCUCUCUAUCGCAUUCCUGCCUUAGCAGUUGGACUCAGUAGGAGAGGAAGAGGAGGAGGAGGAGGAGGAGGAGGGAGGGCGGCAGGGGAGGCAGGGGAGGAGGAGGAAGAGGAGGAGGACUACAACGACCCGGCAGCCCGCACUGAUACUGCCAAGGAGGAGGAGGAGGAGGAGGAGGAGCUGGGGCCAGCAGAUGAUGACGAGUCGCUGGGGGCGGAGGAUGAUGACGAUGAUGACGACGAUGGGAGGGGGGUCAUUGGGGCGGACGAGGAGGGGCAGGACGGCAACAUUGUGCUCGCCACCUAUGAGAAGGUGUGUCUGGGGGACGGCAUAAGCGGGGGAGUGGGGAUGCGGAGGGGGGAGAGGGGAGGAGGGGCAGCACAGCAACCUGUGCUAGCCACCUAUGCGGGAGGUAGGGAGCCCGGAGGCGGGGUUCAGAUCCUUGGCAGGUGCGCGCACCUUUCCCGUCUUCCCCCUCACAAAGGUCCUGCUGGGCAUUCCCCCAUCCGCUACUCUCUCUCCGCGCGCGCACGCGGUAAGCCCUCGCUCAUCACUCGCGGCCCAUCGUGGAGAUCGCGUACAGUCCCGUCACCGACGACGGCUUCUUCCUCAUCUCCGCCAGCGAAGGUGCGCGCGCGCCAUUUUCUCCUUCCCCCCUCUCCAUCAGUAAAGGUCCGCGCCGCCCCCUCUCCGCCAGUAAGGGUCCGCGCACCUCCUCCUCCCACCGUCUCCGCCAGUCAAGGUCUGCACCCCCCUUUCCCCCCUGUCUCCGCCAGUAAAGGUCCGCGCGUUUCCUUCUGUCCGCCAGUAAAGGUCCUUUCGUCCCCACUUUCCGCCAUUAAAGACGGCAAGCCGAUGAUCCGCAAUGGCGAGACGGGCGACUGGAUCGGCACGUUCGAGGGCCACAAGGGCGCCGUGUGGGGCGCGUGCCUCGACCGCCCCGCGCUGCUCGCUGCCACCGCCUCCGCCGACUUCACCGCGCGCAUAUGGGACGCGUUGACGGGCGACGAGAAGCACAAGCUCGAGCACAAGCACAUCGUGCGCACCGUCGACUUCUCAAAGGACUCGCGGCAGCUGUUGACGGGCGGCGCGGAGAAGGUGGUGCGCGUGUUUGACCUCGCUCGCCCCGACGCCGGCCCCACGCUGUCCCUGGAGGGCAUGGCGGGGCCCGUGCGCUGCGCCAGGUGGCACAACGACGACCGCUGGAUCCUCGUCACCUGCAAUGACGUGGCGGGCGUCAAGGUGUUUGACGCGCGCAGCAAAGACGUGGUGGGCAUGAUGGCAACAGACGGCGCCUGUCUCAGCAUGGACAUCUCACCCGCUGCCGGUGGUGGUGGUGCGGGGGGCAGCGCCUUCAUCACCACGGCUGAUGGCUCCACUGUCAAGAUCUUUGAUGCGCACUCGCUUCAAGAGGUCAAGUCGCAUCGCUUGCCACAUCAGGCUGAAUCAGCAUCCUACAUCCCGUCAACCAAUCGGUUUGUGGCGGGCGGUGAGGACUUGUGGGUGCGUGUAUUCGACUAUGAGACGGGCCAGCAGCUAGAGUGCCACAAGGGCCACCACGGCGCGCUGCACAGCAUUCAUUCACGUUUGCACUGCAUCCGCUUUGCCCCCGAUGCACUCUCGUACGCGUCGGGCUCAGAGGACGGUACCAUCCGCAUCUGGAAGCUUGCUGCCCCCGCUGCUACCGCUCAUGCUGCUGCUGCUGCUGCUGCUGGUAGUGCUGCUGAUGCUGCUGCUAGUGGUGCUGAUGCUGCAGUUCCGCCCAUGGCCGCGUCCCAGGUGCCUUCCUCCGCUCCGCCGGCCCAGCCCGCCGCCCCCGCCGCGCCAUCCCCCAGCAGUCCCCCUCCCCCGAACCCCACCGCCCGCGCGCCUCUCUCGCUCCGCCUGUGGCGGGAUGCGCGCAGUCAGCGCGUGGCACAGGCGGCGGCGUACCACCCGUUCGUGCUGGCGCUGGGCGCGGGCACGCUGCCGCGGCGGCGCUUCGUGCGCUACUCGCUGCAAGAUGCCUUCUUCCUCUCCGCCUUCGCACAGUCGUACGGCGCGGCAGCGUCACUACUGGAUGGGGGCGAGGAGGACGGCACGGGGGGAGCGGGGGGGAAGGAUGGGGCGGCGGAAGGGGAGGAGGAGUUGAGUGUGCGGGCGGUGCUGCAGCGACUGCAGUGGGAGGCGGAUGGGGAGCUGCAGAUGCAUGCUGCUACUGUCAAGGCAUGGAUCGAGGAGUCAAGCGACUCGCAGGCUGCUGACGCCACUGCUGACAUCACGAGCGACAGUGCCCCCCUGCCUGCCACACUAGAGUACACGUCCUUCCUCUCACAUGUGGUGGCAGGGACAAGGGGCGUGUGGGACUCCCAUGGGCUGGGGUCACCAGGCGAGCAGGGCGUGAGCAGCGCAGGGCAACGUGUGUGCAAUCAGGGGAGUCACCACAGCCAUGCGCCCUACAGCAGCAGCUGCAGCAGCAGCAGCGAAUCAGUGGUCCCCUCACGGCCUGCUGACUGGAUAGCUGAGGGCGAUCGCUCUUCCCCCGCAGCGCGGCGGUGGCACACACUGUGUGUGUUGGCGGCCAUGCUGCCGUGCAUGCGCCUCUACGCCUCCAUUGGCCACACCAUGGGUGGCGCUGCCUGGGGGCUGCACGCUGCAGCAGCGGGGAGAGUGGGGAGAGCGGAGGAGGGGGAAAUGGGAGCAAGGGGAAGCAGCGAGGGGUGGUUGAAGGGUGGGGCGGGUGUGUCGGAGGAGGAGUGGCGGUGGCAUCCGUACGGCCAGUGGCUGCACACCUACUCGUGCCAGGGCUUUGAGGUGAGCCCGCAAUGCUGUUAUGCUCGUGUUGCCGUAUUGGAUUCACCUUUGGAUGUUCAAUCCUUCCUUCCCGCCUCUUCACCAUGCCUGCCUGCUGCAACGCCCUUCCAUGCUGCCCUUCCAUGCUGCCCUUCCAUGCUGCCCUUCCAUGCUGCCCUUCCAUGCUGCCCUUCCAUGCUGCCCUUCCAUGCUGCCCUUCCAUGCUGCCCUUCCAUGCUGCCCUUCCAUGCUGCCCUUCCAUGCUGCCCUUCCAUGCUGCCCUUCCAUGCUGCCCUUCCAUGCUGCCCUUCCAUGCUGCCCUUCCAUGCUGCCCUUCCAUGCUGCCCUUCCAUGCUGCCCUUCCAUGCUGCCCUUCCAUGCUGCCCUUCCAUGCUGCCCUUCCAUGCUGCCCUUCCAUGCUGCCCUUCCAUGCUGCCCUUCCAUGCUGCCCUUCCAUGCUGCCCUUCCAUGCUGCCCUUCCAUGCUGCCCUUCCAUGCUGCCCUUCCAUGCUGCAGGCAGCAGCAGCGCUGCUGGAGUCGGCAUUCGACCGCCUCUGGUCGCUGCACCUGCGCUCCCUGCACCAUUCAUGCCAGCCGACUUCCCCUACCAAUAUGCAGCAGCAGCAGCAGCACGUGGCAGAGCAGCACCUAUCACGGGUAUACAGCAGAGCCAUGCAGCUGGAGCUGUCCUUCUUCCACGCCCAACUCGCUCCCUUCCCUGCCUCCCCACAAGCGCCACUGCCACACCCGCACCUGCACCUGCACGCACCCACCCCCCCGCCCUACCUCCCUGCCUGGCCGGGCUUCCUCCCCCUGGCAGCCCGCAGAGAGGCACAGGUAGGCAGGGAGGCAUCAGGAGGAGAAGGGGAGACAGGCAAUAGUGGGUGCGCAGUUGUUGAGUCAACGCAAAGGUCAGGCAGCAUUGGGGAGGACGCGGCAGGAGUGGUAUUUGCAGUGGACUUCGAUGGCACGUGCACCGUUGAUGAUUCCAGUUCCCUGCUCGCCCGCCUUGCCCUCGCCCACGCUGCUCCCACCCACGGCACUGCUCCUGCUGCUGCUGCUGCAGCUGCUGGUAGUGGCGGUGAACAUGGCAGCAGGCAGCAGGUAUGGGACGACCUGGUGCAGCGGUACGUGCGUGACUACUCUGACUUCAUGCACACCCAUCUGCCACCCUUGCCACCCCCUCAUGCACACAGGGGCAGCAGCAGUAGCAAACAGGUAGGGGAUGAGAGCAGGGACAGCAACAGCACCGCCAGCAGCACCACCGCCCACCUUCCCCCCGGCCUCCUCCCCUUCCUCCACCGCCUCUCCUCCUUCGAAGCCGCGGCCAAUCAGCGCGUGACAGCUGUCGCCGCCCUGCAGGGCAUCCCCCGGGACGCCAUGCUGACAGCGGCCAGGGAGGCUGCUGACGUGGCGGAGGGGGAAGGGGUGGGCGGGGGGCGGGGGAGUUUCAGGUCAGGGUGUGCGCGAGUGCUGCGGCAAGUGGAGGGGGAGGGUGGUGUGGUGCAGGUGGUAUCUGUGAGCUGGUGUGGGGCUUAUGUGGGGGAGGCUGUGAGGCAUGCCAUGCGGAUGGCAGGGGGGGAGAGGAGAGAGGACAGGACGCAAGAGGAGGCAGAGGGGAAAGUUGGGAAGGCAGAGAGCAGGGAGAAGACGUGCAGUGGUGCAGGGGAGCAGGGAGGAGUAGGAGUGGGCAGCAGGGUAGUGGUGAGAGCGAAUGAGAUGGAGUUUGAUGAGCACGACCUGCUACCGCUGCUGCGAGCGCAGGUGGGCGUGGUGAUGGCAGGCGGAGCAUCCAGCCUGGGCAGGGUCGUUCAGGCCUUUGGUGUGCACCGCCUGCCGCUUGUGGCGCUGGCUCUGCUGCAUGUGCAGCAAGGGGCCGCAGUAGAUGGGGGGGGGGAGGGGCUUGUGGGUGCAUGUCCUGUGCUGGCGGUGCCGCCAUGGACGGUGUUUGAUGCCUGCAGCUGGGAGGAGCUCGAGGUGUUCCUCUUUGGCGCUCAUCGUACUGAAUUUGAUAACUCGCGCUCUGGCAGUGGUGUCUGUUGA